GCCCUCUGCCAUGCCUGCUGCUCAGCAGUUACUUUGAGUUCCAGUUUGAUAAGCCGAAACUUCCUGUGGUGGGAGCUUUAGGGAAGAGGAAAGAGCUGGCCCAUUCCUGUUUAGGAGGUUUGGGGAGGAGGAUGGCUAGAGCUUCGUGUACAUGGCAUGCCCUGUGGCUCCUGCAGUGGACACCACUGUUCUUGGGACCUAGUCUUGCUCCUCCAGCCUGGGCCUUGAACCUGGACCCUGUGACGCUCACUAUCUAUGGGCCCAAUGGCAGCCACUUUGGAUUUUCUGUGGACUUUCACAAGGACAACCAUGGGAGCGUGUCCAUCGUGGUGGGCGCCCCCAGAGCGCUAAGCGCAAGUCAGGAGGAGACCGGUGGCGUGUUCCUGUGCCCCUGGAAGGCCAGUGGCGGCGAGUGCACCUCACUGGCCUUCGAACUGAGGGAUGAGACCCGUCACGUAGGCUUGCAGUCUUUCCAAACCUUCAGGACCGGGCAAGGACUUGGGGCAUCGGUCGUCAGCUGGAAUGACGUCGUUGUGGCCUGCGCCCCCUGGCAGCACUGGAAUGUCCUAGAAAAGGACGACGAGGCAGAGAAGACGCCAGUGGGUGGCUGCUUCGUGGCUCAGCUACAAAACGGCGGCCGCGCAGAGUACUCGCCCUGUCGCACCAACAUCAUGAGCUCGGCUUACGCAGAAAUUUUUGGCCCAGACAAGCGAUACUGUGAGGCCGGCUUCAGCUCUGCGGUGACCCAGGAUGGCGAGCUAGUGCUUGGGGCUCCUGGCGGCUACUAUUUUUUAGGUCUCCUGGUUCGAGUUCCAAUUGCGAAUAUCAUCUCUAGUUACCAACCGGGUACCCUUUUGUGGCAUGUUCCCAACCAGCGCUUCACCUUUGACUAUGGCAGCUCGGUGUACUUCGACGGCUACCGGGGGUACUCGGUGGCCGUGGGCGAGUUCGAUGGGGAUCUGAGCACUACAGAGUACGUAUUCGGGGCCCCCACUUGGAGCUGGACCUUGGGAGCGGUGGAAAUUCUGGACUCCUACUACCAGAAGCUGCACCGGCUGCUUGGAGAGCAGGUGGCUUCGUAUUUCGGGCAUUCAGUGGCAGUCACUGACGUCAACGGGGAUGGGAGGCACGACCUGCUGGUGGGGGCUCCAUUGUUUAUGGACCACAGGGCGGAUCGCAAGCUGGCCGAGGUGGGCCGUGUGUAUUUGUUUCUGCAGCCUCAGGGCCCCUAUGUUCUGGGCACACCCACUCUCCUGCUGACUGGCACUCAGCUCUAUGGGAGAUUUGGAUCCGCCAUUGCACCCUUGGGUGACCUCAACCGGGAUGGCUAUAAUGAUGUUGCUGUGGCUGCCCCCUAUGGGGGUCCCAGUGGGCAGGGCCAAGUGCUGGUGUUCCUGGGUCAGAGCGAGGGGCUGAGUCCACGCCCCUCCCAGGUCCUGGACAGCCCCUUCCCCACAGGCUCCGGCUUUGGUUUCUCCCUCCGCGGCGCCGUAGACGUCGAUGACAAUGGAUACCCAGACCUGAUAGUGGGAGCCUAUGGGGCUAGCAAAGUUGCUGUGUACAGAGCUCAGGCUGUGGUGAUGGCCACUGUCCAGCUGCUGGUUCAAGACUCCCUGAAUCCCACCGUGAAGAACUGCGUGCUGGAACAGACCCAGACGCCAGUCAGCUGCUUCAACAUCCAGAUGUGUGUGGGCGCCACCGGGCACAACAUUCCUCAGAAGCUGCAGCUGACGGCAGAGUUGCAGCUGGACCUGAACAAGCCCCGCCAGGCCCGCCGAGUCCUGCUGCUGGCCUCUCAGCAGGCGAGCCUCACCCUGAGCCUGGACCUGGGUGGAAAAAACAGAACUGUCUGCCACACCACCACGGCUUUCCUUCGAGAUGAGGCCGACUUCCGGGACAAGCUGAGCCCCAUUGUGCUGAGCCUCAACGUGUCGCUGCCCCCAGGAGAGACUGGAGUAGGCCCUGCUCUGGUGCUGCACGGAGAAACCCAUGUCCAGGAGCAGACCCGGAUCAUCCUGGACUGUGGGGAAGACGACGUGUGUGUGCCGCAGCUCCAGCUCACAGCCACUGUGGGGCACUCCCCACUUCUGAUUGGUGCUGAGAACGUGUUGGAGCUGAAGAUUGAUGCAACCAAUGAGGGUGAGGGAGCCUAUGAGGCAGAGCUGGCUGUGCACCUACCUCCCGGUGCCCACUACAUGCGGGCUCUCAGCAACAUUGAGGGCUUUGAGAGGCUCACCUGCACCCAGAAGAAGGAGAAUGAAACCAAGGUGACACUGUGUGAGCUGGGCAACCCCAUGAAGAAGGACACCCGGAUAGGAAUCACCAUGUUGGUGAGUGUGGAGAACCUGGAAGAGGCUGGACAGUAUGUGUCCUUCCAGCUCCAGAUCAGGAGCAAGAACAGCCAGAAUCCAAACAGUCAGGCUCUGCUGCUUCCUGUGGCAGUCCAAGCAGAGGCCACCGUGGAGCUUCGAGGGAAUUCCAUCCCUGCCUCCCUGGUGGUGGCAGCAGCAGAAGAUGACAGGGAGCAGCCUGGCUUGGACAGCUGGAUCCCCAGGGUGGAACACACCUAUGAGCUCCACAACAACGGCCCCGGCGCUGUGAAUGGCCUCCGACUUGUCAUCCACUUCCCCAGCCAGUCCCAGCCCUCGGACCUGCUCUACAUCCUGGAUGUGCAGCCCCAAGGUGGUCUCCUUUGCUCCUCACAGCCGACCCCUAAGCCCCUUGAGCUGGACUGGACGCUGCGCACUCCCAGCCCUUCCCCCAUUCGCCCGGUCCAUCACAAGCGCGAGCGCAGACAGGCGUUCCUGCAGGGACCCAAGCCGCUGGGGCAGCAGGACCCAGUUCUGGUGAGCUGCAACGACUCAGCGCCCUGUACGGUGGUGGAAUGUGAGCUGCGGGAGAUGGUGCGCGGGCAACGAGCCAUGGUCACAGUGCGUGCCAUGCUGGCGCUGCCCAGCCUCCGCCAGAGGCCGCUGGACCAGUUUAUGCUGCAGUCGCACGCCUGGUUCAACGUCUCCUCCCUACCCUACUCGGUGCCGGUGCUCAGCUUGCCCAGCGGACAAGCUCUGGUGCAGACCCUGCUGCUUCGGGCCUUGGAGGACAGGGCCAUUCCUAUCUGGUGGGUGCUGGUGGGAGUCCUGGGCGGUCUGCUGCUGCUCACCCUGCUGGUUUUGGCCAUGUGGAAGGCUGGCUUCUUCAAGCGGAAUCGACCACCUCUGGAGGAAGAUGACCAGGAGUGAGGACACCAGUGCUCAGUCAUGGGGGGAAGCUGGGUGCCUGCUUCACCUCCUGUUUCCCACCGCUUGGCCCUGCUCAGAACUCCACGGGUUCAAACUCUCCCCCGGGGUCUUCCCUUCCCAGCAGAGCAGGCACAUCCCCUUUCCUACUGCCUAAUAAAGAGGUUGAUAUCAGUAGCCAC